AUGGAGGCCGGGAAGCCGGAACUGAAGCUGUACAAUACGAUGAGUCAAGAGAAGGAAGUGUUAAAGCCAAUCAAUCCCGGGAAGAUAGGAAUGUACGUCUGUGGUAUCACCGCCUACGAUUUGAGCCAUCUGGGACACGCGCGUGCCUCAGUCUCCUUCGACGUCCUUUACAGAUACUUGAAGCACUUGGGGUAUGAAGUUACCUAUGUCCGAAAUUUUACAGACAUUGAUGACAAGGUAAUAAAAAAAGCCAACGAGCUUGGGGAGGAGCCGUUAGCUUGGGAAGCAAAAGGCGUUGGCAAGGGCGGGAAUAGGAGAAGAAGAGGUCUUGGAGAGGAUUGA